ACAGUCAGUAACGCGUUAAGCGUAUUUUGAAUGACCACGAUGUUUAUCAUUGAGUUAAUGAUGUCAAAAAAUUUGUUGUUAUCACAAAUAUUUAACAGUUUAAACACAUGAAAGAAUUUUACUCAUGUAUGUUAGUACUGGUCUUACUUUCCUGACAACAAGAGCUCAAAAUGGAAUCUCCUCUUGACGUCCUUUCAAGAGCGGCAUCAAUUGUUCAAGGAGAAGACAAGCCAAAUAAAGAAAAAAAUUUAAGUGAGACUGACAGUGGAUUUGAAGAAGAUGAAGGUGUUGCCUCUGAUCAACAAUCCAUAAAGCCUUCAGGGGAAACCCAGAGAACAUAUACAAAGCCAGCAUCCCCAAAACGUCAUUUAUUGGAGAAGGUGGAGGCAGUUAAAAAAAUUAAACUAGACAUGAAUGAAAAAUUAUCUUUUGAAGAAGUAGAGAAUGAAAGAAAAAUAUCCAUGCAAACCUAUAACUUUCCUCGUAUUCAACCUAAUAAAAAUAUUUUAUCUGCUUCAAGACAAGAAGCAACUCCACCGCCACUUAUUUCUAUUAAUGAAAAAGCUAAAUACAAACAAGUUUCAGAAUAUGCAUCCUACUUCCCAAGACCCUCGGUUAUUUCAACAUCUUCUCCGACUUCAACUUUGACAAGACAUUCAGAUAGCAAAGGUUGCAGCUGCUGUACAGUUGGUUUUUGUACGACAUUUUCAUCUAAGUAUAACUCAUAUAAAGGACAACGAAACGUUUUCAUUCCCAAAGAUUUCGAACUUCCAACAGUUGAAGAUCAUUUUAGAAAAAGUUUAGGGGAAAAAUAUACAAUUAGAAGUCAUAACCUAAAUGAACGACCAAGUUCUGUGGAUGAACAUUUUGCAAAAGCUUUGGGAAAAAGUUGGUACAAGAUAGAAUAUGGAAGCUGUCCAAGCUCAUAAUUUAUAUAUUUAUAGCUAUAUAUAUGGUCAUUUUUUAUAAAAAAUAUUUUGUAAUUUCGUUUUAGAAAUUGUUUUUUGUUAAAAACUAUUCAUUGCUAUUUAUUAUUGGAUCAAGUUCUUAAAAAUAUAUAUUCAUUAUGUUUUUUUUAUUUUGAUUUUUUAACUAUAUGUAAAGCUUUUAAGACACUACUAUUUUUAGCCUAUUGUGGAUGUUUAAAGAAAUGUUAAAUAAUA